AUGUGCAAGCGUGAGAUUGUUGAUGGGUUCGGUUCCCCCGGCAGGUGGACUCCGACUGCUAGGGAACGCAUUGCAGACUCGGUGCAGGCAGGACAUGCCAGAGCAGUCAGAGACAUCCUUGAGAAGUUUGUACGGGAGCAGUCAUUCAUGUUGGCUACCGGGAAAAUCUCGAGUUCACCAUUUUCUGAGGAGGCCUUGUCUUGUCUACGUGAGAACAUUGCAGCGACCCUUGAUGACCCAGCUGGAGCGCUUGAGGUCCCUGAAAGGCAGCCGUUCUACUUACAUUUACUUGCACAGUCACUGCAGACUUUGGGCGACCCGGAUUGGGUUAUCCUCACGCAAGGGGAGGAAUGCUUUGCGAACGGUAUGCCACUUGGGCACGACAAGCCAUUGCCGCGCACGCCUCAGGUCUUCAGGCGGAGGUUAAAAUCGAGGAAACUAGAUGAGACCCCUUUCGAUGCCAUCAUGUCCAACUACAUUGACUACAUUUCAGCUGAGCUAUCAUCUGAGCAACUCGAGGCACAGUUCCGAAAGGAUGCAGAACAGGGGAUGAUGAUUGCCACCACUGAAGGUGCUGUGAGGCAGGAGUUCGGGCCUGACCAACUUCUCAUUGCGGCAAUGGGGGCAAUCAAAAAGCCGAACGGCGACGUGAGACCGCUACAUGAUGCCACGCACGGCGUUAACCUUAACAACUGCAUCAAGAUUGCUGAUCGUUUGGAGGUCCCGGGUCCGGCAGACAUCUUCGAAGUGGUAGUACCGGCAGCGGACACGAAGGAGGUUGCCUUUUGCAUUUGUGCCGACAUUGCACAGGCCCACAGGAGGGUCAAGAUCAGGAGAGUGGAUUGGCCGAGACUAGGAUGCAAAGCCACAUCAGCCGCCAGGGUGGUGUGGUUAAAUUGCGUCGGGACGUUCGGAGUGAGUUCCGCGGCGAUCCUUUGGACUCGAUUGUUCGGAUGUGUCGGAAGAUCGGUUCUCCGCGUCUUAGGCCCUAGGUGGAAUCUUCAGGUGAUCUUUGUGGAUGACUUGCGCAUCGUAGUGCUGGGUGCAGACAAGUACGUCGUCCUGUGGAUGAUACUUGCGGCAUAUCUUGCCAUUGGCACGCCUUUUUCGUUCCACAAGUUUAAAGGGGGCUUAGUGAGCUUAGUGGCGGAAUUCAUCGGGUACUAUCUGUCAUACGAGACCUUUUCUGCUGGCCUCUCACCAAAGCGGGUCAAGUGGAUUCUUGAAUGGAUCGAGGGUGCCGAAAAGAACAACUGGUACAUCACGGGAAGGAGGUUCAGUGAGUUCCUUGGAAGGCUAAACUUCGUAGCAAGGCUGCUCAGCUGGAUUCGUCCUUUCUUGGCGCCCCUGUUUGCUUUCAAUGCAGUGUUGCACAGGGGCACGGCGGUGAAGCAAGCGUGGUUGGCGCCACGCGAGUCGUUUAGGACGGAUGCCAAGUGCGAGCCCGGUAAGGUUGUUUUAGGUGGUUGGUCUACGAAGGCCGGCCUAGACCCGAUGGUUCCCCCUUGGUUUUCCCUAGAGGUUUUCCCCAGUGACCUGCCUUGCCUGUUCAGGGACGGAGAGUCCGGUUGGGCAUCAACAUCCGCAGAACUCUUGGCAUCGCUUGCAGCACUGGUGGCCUUCGGGCACUUGGAGCAGCCUAUCCCAGGUGCACAGGAUUGCCUGCAGGUUUUCGUGUGUGGGGAGACGGACAAUCGUUCGACCCCGGAGGUGCAGCGUAAGGGAUCAACCACGAAGUGGCCAUUAUUCGGCAUUCAGAUGUCAGCAUGCCAGGCAUUGCGCAGGGUCAACAAGAGGUUGGUACUUAAUUGGCGCCCGCGUGAUGAAAACACGUGGGCUGAUGAUUUGACCAACGGCAACUUCAGUGCGUUUGACCUGAGGCAUCGGGUCAAGUUGACUCUCUCCAUGUUACCCCUUGAGCUUUCGUCUAAGCUUGAUUCCGCGAGGGCCGAGUUUGUCCAGGCUAAGGCAACAUUGAUCUCGUUGAAGGGUAAGGAAGCUGCGAUGGGGGAGCAGGAAAAGGAUGCGACCAAGACGAACUGGUAG